AUGUUCUCCGGAAUAGGAAGCGGAGUCACCCUUACUGGCAGCCCUGUCAAUACAGUAGCUCCAUCACCAUACACAAACGCGAGCCUCGCACGACGCGACGAGACAGAAGGCGCAGCGCACGAGUCUGGACCAGACACGACAGCACCUAAACCCAAGGGCAGGCGAAGAAACCAUCAUCACCAUCAUCAUCAUGGUCAUCAUGGUGUCGAUCACGCCAACGCUCCCACUCCUACUCCCAGCGGCGGCACACCUUUCAAGAACGUGAAAGGAAGCACUCCCAUCCCAUCUCCGACGGGACUGGCGAAAGAUUUGCCGGCUGCUCACCACCACCAUGUUCCUCGACCGGCACAUCAGCACACGCACGUCAAGGAGACGCCAGCAAAGCAGGCCGUGCAGAGCGCGACGAACAUCCUCCCUCCCAAGCCAAAAACGAUCGUGACCUCAAAGGCUGUCCUCGAAUCGAUUGCUCAUCUGCCGCGAACACACCUGGGCGAUGUGCUAUAUGAACCCAAGCUCAUGCCCGCGAGACAAUUGCCAAAUGUUCCAUCGGGUCGCGGGUUCUCCUCGACUCCCAUACCACUUCCCUGGAAUGUCAUCAAAGACAAGGAGAACUGUACACUCACGGUCAAGGUUCCCAAGGUGCAUCUCACUUCAGCGGCGAGGGAAGAGAUCACGGCUCGCAGAGCAUUGUGGGGCACAGACGUGUACACGGACGACUCCGACGUCGUUGCUGCUUGUAUCCACGGUGGAUGGAUUCGAGGUGAAUGGGCUGACGACGUGGAUGUGGCAAUGUUGGACCUCGAUCGCGGUAUCAAUGCCCCCGAAAAGGAAGUUCCGACAACAAAGAGACGCAAGGAAAAGGAGAAGGAGGAGAAGGAGGAGAAGGCCCGGUUCGAGGCCAACUCGGCCACAUACCUUGACAAGGCGCCCAAGACGGGUCCUGUCACUGUGCCCGUCGAUCGCGAUAUGCACGUUAGCCUCGUGGUCCUCCCACGAUUGGAUAAGUACGGUAGCACUACGCGCUUCGGCAUUCAGUCGCGAGAGUUUGGCGGACGGUACAAUGGUCGCCAGUCGGUCCACGACGGCAUCAGCUUCAUGAUUACGGGUAUUCGCUGGGUCACGAAUGGCGCUGGUACGCAGAACCGUCUCCGUGGCAAAGGUCGCCGAGAGCGAAUGCGCAAAGCCAUGGGAGAGAUGCACGCGGCCAGCCGUGGCCUUAAUGGGGCCGCGCUGGAGCGCGAGAAGCUUCGCCUCAGUAAGAUUCGAGGCGAGAUCGUUUCUGGCACCUGGUGGAAGAGGAAUCAAGGCGCGCGCGCCCCUGACGAGUACAAGGAAGAGAGAGCGCCGAGUGAAGGUGACAAGGAGAAUAGAAUCGACGGAGAGCCUCCCCAGAGCGCGGCCCCCAAGGCGAACGGGGUUACCGCGAACGGGGUUACCGCGAACGGCGCUCCAGCGGUCGAUGGCGACAAGAUGGAUGUGGAUGGCGCCGCCAAGGUUUCUGACGCUCCGGCUGCUUGA